GUGAUCUGUGCAUUUUGAAUUUGACAUGUUUACGUAUUUCAGUUUGUUGCAUUUAUAACAAAUUUAUUUAUUAAAAAAAUUGUGACUAAUGAAAGUCGAAAUGGAUGAUAUGGAUGAUAGCACUAUAUGUGAUUCUGUGUCCUCUUUAGUAGAAGGAUGCAGGCUCCCGGUGCAUAUGACAGGAACCAAUGAUUGGCCACUGGCUGAAAUAAUCAGCUUAAAAGAUGUUAAUGGUUCCAAGUGUUACUAUGUGCAUUAUGUAGAUUUCAAUAAACGUUUAGACGAAUGGGUCACAGAAGAAUCACUAGACACAAGAAAGGUCCAUUUUCCUAGGAAAGAUGUAGGUGGUACUAACACAGGGGUAUCUACCCCCAAAAAGGUACAAAUGGGAACAGGAAGCAUCUCCAGACCUUCUAGUCCUGUAAACAACAUAGAACUAGUUAAUGGUAACGCAGUUUUAGCAGCUGCCCUACAAAAACGAAUAAAUAGAAAACGAAAGGGACCCACGAUUGAAAAUGAAGAUUCCCAGGUGCCAAAAAUACCAAAUGAAGUCACUGCUAAGGACGUUCUUGGGAUGAUGGUACCUCCUGCUGGACCAAGACAGUCCGGAAGCAUGGUUUCACAUCAUGACGAUUUAGUUACCAGAAUGAAAAACAUUGAACUGAUAGAGUUGGGGAAGCAUAGAAUAAAGCCAUGGUAUUUUGCCCCUUAUCCACAGGAAAUGGUAAACUUGGACUGCAUUUAUAUAUGUGAAUUUUGUCUGAAAUACCGAAAAAGCCGAAAAUGUCUUGAGCGACACUUGGCCAAAUGUAACCUCCGACAUCCUCCUGGUAACGAAAUAUAUAGAAAAGAAAAUAUAUCUUUUUUUGAGAUAGAUGGUAGGAAAAACAAAGUAUAUGCUCAAAACCUGUGUCUCUUAGCGAAACUAUUCUUAGACCACAAGACUUUGUAUUAUGAUACGGAUCCAUUUCUGUUUUAUGUUAUGACAGUUUUUGAUAUUCGAGGUUUCCACAUAGUCGGAUUUUUUUCUAAAGAGAAGGAAUCCACGGAAGACUAUAAUGUGGCGUGCAUAUUGACCAUGCCCCCGUAUCAAAGGAAAGGAUACGGAAAACUACUUAUUGAAUUUAGUUAUGAAUUAUCUAAAUUUGAAGGUAAGACAGGAUCUCCAGAAAAGCCUUUAUCAGAUCUAGGACUUUUAUCCUAUAGAAGCUAUUGGGCUCAAACUAUAUUAGAAAUUUUAUUAUCCAUAAAACCAGUAGGGGAAAACGAAAAACCCCAGAUUACAAUUAAUGAAAUCUGUGAACUGACAAGUAUAAAGAAAGAAGAUGUUAUUUCAACUUUACAAAAUCUCAAUCUCAUAAACUACUACAAAGGGCAAUAUAUAAUAACACUUAGCAAAGAAAUUAUGCGUAGUCACUUCAUGGCAAUGGAGAGUAGAAAGAUAAGAAUAGACCCCAAAUGUCUACAUUGGACACCAAAAGAUUGGGGGAAAAGAGCGAAGUGCCUUGCACCUGUCCUUCCAAUUAACCCAAAUUAUUUGAACUGAGUAAUCAGGACAAGAUUACUAACUGAUGUUAUUUUCUUUUUAGUUCUUUAUUUAAUUUGGAAUAAAAUGUUUGAAGUGUA